AUGGAGAUCUUCAUUUCAUUCUUUGGUGAUUUUACAGAGCCUUUUGAGGGAAACUUCUACACAAUGGAGCUCCCAGUGGAUGGUGGCAUAGUGGAGUUCUGGCCAGUGGUGGACCAGUUCCACAAGGUACUGAACAUCCUCAAGAUUCAGUUUCCUCAGAUGACCUGUGAAUUCACUUCAUGGUUUGACUACAUCACCAGUGUGCUGAUAAAGCUUUCGGAUGCAGAAGAAUGUCUGUCUCAAGAAGCCAACACAAUCAAGGAUUUCAUGAAGACUAAGGAUAUCUUGCUCAUACAUCCAGCCCAGCACCUCUGCUCGCCCUAUUCCUACCUGUUUUCGCAUGUUCGGUGCAACAACACCUACUCUGGCUAUCCCAUCCACACUGCGCCUUCCUCCAACUAUGACCCCAAUGACCCCUCAGCGAUUGAAGAGCAACUUGCUCUCCAGAUGCAGAUGGACCUAAUCUCCAAGCAUGCACCAUAUGUGAAACUCUUUCCAAGGGCAUCGCUGCUCGUCGAUGGGGUUGGAGCUGAACAUAGAUUUGCAGUGGGUGGUUCUCUUGAGAAAGGACUUCUCACAGCUGUGGAUGAGCUACUGUGGGCAGAUCAACCUGAUGAUGCGGGCCAUUGUUGUUCAAAGCAUCAGUCAAAUGUGUUCCCUUGA